AUGACGCAGAUACUCACCGGCCACGGAGUAUUCGGCGAGUACCUGCUAAGAAUUCAGCGGGAGGUGACUUCCAUCUGUCACCAUUGCCAGGAAGAGGAGGAUACGGCGCAACACACGCUGGAGUUUUGUCCAGCGUGGACAGAACAGCGACGCGUCCUACAGCUCGACAUAAACGAGAACCUAGCCCCAGAAGCGGUCGUGAAUGCGAUGAUCAGAGGGCCCCAGGAGUACACCGCCGUCCGCACCUACUGCGAGCAAGUAAUGCUGGCAAAGGAGCGGGCGGAGAGAGAUCGGGAAAGAUCGCAGGAUCCAUCGCGAUCACGGCGACAACGAAGAGGUCCCGUACGCCGUAGGGGGUCUGCACCGCCGCCAAAAAAACAAGUGGGGAGAUGA